AUGGCGGCCCGCGACCCUCGCCCACCUCAUCUCAACCUUCACCUCGAACGCCCUCCGAGAGCCACGGGAGACCCUUCAAAACCUGAGACUCUCAACGCUUCAUCUGAUGACCUCCGUGGUCGCCCACCCUACCGCGACCCCAACCGCCCUGCAACCUCCCCUUCGCCCUCGCCUGGACGUACCAGAUCGCAGACUUUGCCCGUCCAAGUCCUGACGCCUACCUUCGCCAAGGCAAUCAAGCGGAAGCCUCUCUCCUCGACAGCUUCUCAACUGGCCGCCAGCUACGGCACCGGCUCUGGUUCCAGUACCCCGUCUAUACUGUCACCUUCGGCCUUUGCCGCCCCCGAAACACGUUUCUCGAGAUCCUACUCUGUCGACAGCCCUACCCUCUAUGACUUUUCCGACAACAACGUUCGCCCUCUCUUCGCGCCACCAGCCGCUCACCAGAAGCUUGACAUACAACCCCCACCUACCAACGCGGCAGACGACGCGGCUUACUUUGCUUCACGAAACAACCCAAGCACCAACCUUGCAUCCCCUCAAACAAAACCUUCAGACGGCCUGUCAGAACCUGCCUUUUUGACCUCCGACGUCACCCCAACCUUUUCUCUGAGGCUACCGAAAGCGACACCUCAGCCGAUCAUCGAGGAAGAGGAGGAGGAGGAGGACACGGACGAAGAUUCCGAGUCAAUUUACAGUCACAACACUCAUGAUAACUCUAACAUGUCCAUGCCCGCUACCAAACCUACUCCCCAUCUGAAUCUAUCCACGGAUCGAGACAUUCCUUCGCAAACAGUCACCACAGUUCUAGAACUCAGACAGUCACUCACGCCUACUACAUCAACUCCGACUCCCUCGAUCAACAAGCCUCUUCCAAAAUCACCAGGCUCUUCCAAGCUAGCCAACUUCUUCGGCUGGGGUUCUUCGCCGUCACCUUCGACGACAGAGUUCUCCUCUCUCUCAUCGCCUCUUAAUUCGCCUCGACGAGCUACCCUGACAGAUGACACCCCUCUCACAACCGGAGUUCCGUCACUACUGCCAGAACCUCGAAAAGGGAAUGCGACACCGACAAACGCGCUUGGAUAUUGCGAAUCAAACCUAUACACACCACCACCUUCCUCCUUAGCCCCAUCACUACAAAUCGAAGAGAUGGAGGACGAACUGAAGGCCAUCAGCGCCGAAUUGGCAUCGUCCAUUCGGCGCGAAAUGGAUCUCGAAGACCUCGUCGAUAGACUCCAGUCCGAGAUCAACAACCCACAGGCCCCCGGCAGGAGGACCAGCGAUUACUUUUCCGACUCUGGGUAUAGCUCUGCCAAGUUUAGCGAAUACGAUCAGAGCAAGGAAGAGGUUGAGAAGAUUCAACGUCGUGCAGAACAAGAAAAGGCUUCAAUGCGACUGGAACUGACCAAUAAGCUGCAAGAUGAACGGUCACGAAGAAACGAGCUGGACCAGCAAAUUAAAGAGCUGGCAGAGAAAGCCUCGCAGGUGGAUGUUGCCCAGAUCAACAAUGUGGACACCAACAACCGCCUUCGAGACUUGGAGCACACAUGUGAGGAUCUGCGCCGCAGACUUGGAGAGGAAGUGCAGGUCAAGUCCAACUUUGAAGACCUUCUCUCCGUUCUCAAGGUUGAGCUCCAGAGCACUACGAAUGAACGAGACAACCUCCGCGACGAGAUCGUCCCCCAAUUAAAGUCAAAGCUUGAUGGCCUUGAAGCUGAGGCGUCCGAGUAUGCCAACCUCACCUAUGAAUCAUCCAAGAUGCAGCAGGAGUUGGAAGUCCUGAGACAGGAGAACAAAGCACUCAAGUCUUCUGGACCACCGCCACAGCCGGAGACUCGCGCCCGCAGUGCGACCAGCAGCUCGACUCGCCUUGCCCGUUCUAGCUCGGUGACGGCUAUGCCAUUCAUCCUUCAAAAGGCACCGUCAGGCCUGGGAUUGACCAGGUCCAACACCGUUAAGUCUGGCGUGACCGAAUCUCGAGAGCAGCUGUCAGAGCGCUUGAAAGACGUCGAGGCCCAGAGAGACGCUCUCCACAACGCCUUGAAGAGCCUCCUCGAGCGCCAAGAAUUCCAAAACCGCGAGAAUGAAAAGAAGAUCCAGACCUUGGAGGUAGAGCGCGAGCGAUUGAUGGUGACGUCUCCACGACAAGCUGGCUUCGCCAAGGACAUUUCCAACCUGAGAGUUGAGGUCAAUGUACUGCGUCGCCGUGCUGACGAAGCGGCCGAACAGAAGUGGCAGGUGGAGAAGGGCCUCGCCGGCCUUAAGAUGGACCUCGAUCGUGCUGAGGGUGAAGUCGCUGCACUCCGUGAACUGUUGAAGGAGAAGGAUAUUCUCAUUCCCCCGUCAAUGGCUCGUGGCAGCACCUAUGAGUCUGCGUCCGUUCCCGUAACUUCGGAAUCCUUGGAGGCUGCCUUCCAAGACCUCCAACUUGCCUACAAAGACUCCCUUCUCAAGAUCAAGGACCUUGAGAGCAGCGGUUCUAUGGUCGUCGGAGACGAGGCUACGAGACUGGCUCUCGAGAGACUGGAGCAGUCCCUGACGUCUGCCGUCUUCGAGCGCGAUGCAGCUAAGGAAGAGGCUUCGGCUUACAAGGACCAACUGGAAAGCUUGGCCGGCAGUGAGGUAGCACAUCUCGAGAGCGAGCGCGCUCUUGCUGAUGAGCUCCGCACGUCUGCCCAGCGCGUUGAGGAACUCGCCUCCCAAGUUCAGAACCAGCUGUUCGUGAACUCUGAGCUCCGCCAACGCCUCGCGGAAGCCGUUGCUCGUGGCGAUGCCGACCGCAAAGCCAACGCCGACCGCAUCACACGUCUGCAGAGUCGCCUCAAGAACCUGGAGGAGCAACUGCAAGCUGCUCAGAUCUCAUCCGAGGAGCGUGUGGCUCGUCACGAGGAGCAGCUGAAGGAGCUUAAGGACGCACAAAGCGUUCAGCUGCGCCGUAUGAGCCCUUCCCCGGGGGCUGGCGGCAUUCGUUCUCCCCGCAAGUCCAGUCUCAGCCCGAUGCCGUCGCCAAUGUUCCCUCGGUCGGCCCGUCUCAUGCCGAAGCAGUCCGUCGAAGAUGAGACGCAGAUCGAGAGGCUACGGGUCAAGGUCGUUGAGCUGGAGACAGCGCUUACUGUUGCCGACUCUGAGAUGCAAGAUGUCAUUGCCCGCAUGAGUACUGCUCAAAUCGAGGUUUUGACGCUGCAGGAGGAGCGCGAAGCCGCGAGACGUGAGACCAGACGUAUCCAGCAAGAAUUGGAAAAGGAGAGAAUGAAGGCGUUCGAAGACCGAUUCAAGACGCUCGGCAGCUCAGUUCAAUGA